CCAAGCUGCACACACUAUUGUUCAGCACCUGCUGCUUUUCCAUCCCUUUGGAGGAGAACUGUUGCUUUGCUCUUCCCCCUCAUGAGCAGUAAUGCAAGGGGACAAAGCUGGCCAGGGGCUGUUUUCUGAAGGGCUCAGGUCACAGACAGCAUUUGUUCUCUCUGCCACAGCUCAGGGUGGAGCUGGGAAAGCAGGUAUGACGGCCACAGAUCCAGGCAGAGUGGGAGGGAAGCAGAAGAGGAGGAGCAUGUGGAAGCUGAGCUGCUGCUGCUCUGCUGCUGCUCCAAGCUCCCAGGGCAGCCUCAUCCUCUGCUCUUCUGGCACAGACUUUUCUCUGCCACAUCAGCACCAGCUGCCAAACUGGAUGUCUCCUCUUGGAUGACACAAAUUCCUCAUCUCUUUUUUUUUUUGCCAGUCCCUGGAAUAAACUGCACCAGAGACAGAGAGAACUCGGAAAAAUAAUCUGAAGACAAUUAAGACAAUUACUCCUCAAAGGAAAGACAGAGCAUUGGAAAAGGCAAAAGUUCACCUCUGGCCACCCCUACCAAACACAGACAUACCUAUCAGCAGUCAGGGCUGCAGUGACUAUUCCUUGCCUGGCUUCAUGGAGGAGCAGGAAUACAACUUUGUGCUUUCCUUUGGAGCCAACACCAGCAAGUGCAGCCUUGAGACCAACCAAACAGAGGUCCCAACAUGCUGGGCAGGAGCAACCAGGGGCGGCCCAGAGGUGGUGAUUGUACCAGUGCUUUUUGGGUUGAUUUUUCUCCUGGGAAUGGUGGGAAACACGUUAGUGUUGGUUGUUUUGGGCCGUCUCCGUCCUGGGGGACGCCCAUCGCGCAGUGCCACCAACAUCUUCAUCCUGAACUUAAGCAUUGCAGACUUCUCCUUUCUGCUCUUCUGUGUUCCCUUCCAGGCCACCAUCUACUCCCUGCCAGAGUGGAUUUUCGGUGCCUUCUUUUGCAAGUGGGUUCACUACUCGGCCAUGGCAACGAUGCUGGUCAGCAUCUUCACUCUGGUGGCCAUGUCUGUGGACAGAUACAUUGCCGUGGUCCAUGCCAAACGCUCGCCCUGCAUCCGCAGCAAGCGCAACGCCGUCCUCGGCGUGGCUGUCAUCUGGCUGCUGUCUCUCCUCAUUGCCAUCCCCGUGGCCCAGCACCAGGCCCUCAUGAGUGGCCAUCAGCAGGCUCCCAACAGCUCUUUCUGCUGGGAGCACUGGGCAAACGGCUCCACAGCCAAGCAGAUGUACAAGAUUACCAUCCUGCUGGUGGGAUAUCUCCUGCCCCUGCUGCUCAUCACCUGCUGCUAUGCCAAGGUUUUAUACCAUCUCCACAAGAAAGUAAAGAACAUUUCCAAGAAAUCAGAGAGAUCAAAGAAGAAGACAGCGCAGACAGUGCUUCUCGUGGUUGCUGUGUUCCUGCUCUCCUGGCUGCCACACCACAUCAUCACCAUGUGGGCAGAGUUUGGGCACUUUCCCCUGAACAACAUCUCCUUCACCUUCCGCAUCAUCUCUCACUGCUUGGCCUACGGGAACUCUUGCAUCAACCCCAUCCUUUACGCUUUCCUGUCGGAGAAUUUCCGCAAGGCCUGCCGCCAAGUCUUCACCUGCAAGCUCUUCCUGCGGCCGGCAGCCGCUGAGAAACUGGCCAGAGUGCGCAUGGAGAAUUUCUCUACUACACACUCCACCACAAACGUGUAAGCUGGGCUCACAAACACGUUUCAGGAGGAAGAGGAGGGAAGAGGGUUCUGUCUGGGGAGAGUACGCAUGCAAGUGCAUCCCAGGGAGUCUGCAAAAGUGUGCACUGUGCCAGGUUACUGGAGUGAUGGGAGACACAUUUCCCUCUCACUGUGAUGAUAUGGGACAGAGCCUGUCCUAGGGUACCUUGCUAGACACUGGGCUAUGUGCAACAGAAUUACCUGAAUGCCCAUAAGAUAGAGCCCAAAUGAAGUCGUAGUUAUGACCACACAGAAGGUAGAAUAUGAAACAGAGAAGACAGCAGUAAAUUACAUCUGUAGACAGUCAUUGAGAUGUGAACAAUGUGACAUUCAGAGAGCAGUUUGGGAGAAGUCAAACUAAAGUCUUUGGAUGUCUUUGUUUCUUCAACAAAUUUGACUGUGUGUGAGCUGCAUACACAUUUAGCUCACUACUGGGGGUAGAGUCUCUAAAUCUCCUUGAAGGCUUUGAUGUAGGAUUUACCUAUUGGGCAAGUACACCUUUCACAUGAUGUGUCAGUGGCAUGGCUGUCUGUAUUUGGUGGCUCUACAUCAGCUUAUACAUCCCAGAGUUGAGUGUCUGUGUGCUCCUGUGUGUAAUUACUGCUGUUAAUCACCAGGACCUGUCUCUUGGUCUCAGCAACCUCACUGUCUCAGCCACAAUACAACAGAUGAUGUGGUAUUUCUCAAUGUAUGCUUAAAAAAAUUGUGAUUUUGUUUGAAAGUACUGUCUACAAAAGGUUUUGUUGGUAAAUACAGUGUUCUCUUGAGUCAAUCUACCAAAGGCUUUUUAUUAGCCACUUUAGUAUAUAAAUGCCUGGAAUUUGUGAUGAGGGUUUGCUUGGUUUUUUGUUGGUUUUUUUUUUGACGAACUCUUGUGAUCAACAGUGCUCUAGCAACAGGUAAGGGCAUUUAUACUAAGUUCAAGGUUACUACUUGUAACUAUAUAAAGUGCAUAUUACUUCAAAAAUAGGAAGCAAAUGGCUGAAUUUAAUUAUUUCACUGUGUCGUCCAAUUCAGUAUUUCUGUGUGCUGCAAUCCAGACUGACCUGUCUAUAAACUGUAAAAAUGUGUGUUACAGACGUUAAAUGACAUAUUAUUUGCUGUCCUUGCAAUGAAUGGGUCUCCAGUCUCCAAAUGGA